CCAUGGUAAUAAAUACUGGUCUUUUGCGUACUGUCAGAAGGUAACCAUUGGUCCAUUACCGUGAGACGAUGCAGAGAAUCAAAGCGGCAGAUAGACUAUCGAUAGAGUGUACUGCUGACUUGUAGUCUUGAAAUGUCAGCUAUAUCACAUAACACACCGUGGAUCGACCAUCAGUCUGUAGCAGCAGACAAACAUUUCAUUCAGUUAAAGACAACCAUCACCGGAAUAUGAAAUAUAUACCGUAUUUUCGGACCAUUGUGGAUACGACAAACCGACCGGACCGGACAGCGCUAUGAAUAAUUACAACAGUAGUAAAGAGAGAUAAAAGCGAUUUUCCACCCUUUCAGGAAAAGUGUCUUUUAUUGUUCUGAAUAGCCUCUGGAGCCGUCGUUACCUGACGUAGUCCUGUCAAAUGAUCGAUACCCGGAGUGCAAUUUUUAAUACCCAAUGAUUUAGACCAAUCGCACAGCUGUCGACAAAUAAAUACUACGAAUAGUUUGACAACAAUCAGCGACGAUACUAAUCAUAUAUUUAGAAUUCAACCUGUCAACAACUUUUUGUCGGUGUUUUAUUUUUGUACUUCCUUAUUCGGAUUUCAGCGAUGCCUUCACUUCGGGAAAUAUUUCAGAUUCAGGUGAUAACACACAAUAUUUCCCUUAUUUUUAUUUUCUAAAAUGUAAGUAAGCUAGAAUGCGCUUGGGACUCGUUUCUUGAUGGUGGUGUGGAGUCAAGCCAUGACGCGGCCUUCUCACUAUGGUUGUUGUACGCUGCUUCAUUUAAGGGAAGACAAUGCCAGAUUUAUUCUUCUCUUUGUUGUUCUGUUGAUGUACAUGUUCGCGGGGGCAUUUUUGUUCAUGAGCUUGGAACAGGAUAACGAACUCAAAGAAAAACAAGAAUAUCAAAGCUACCUGGAGGACUUCUAUACCCGAAAUCCUGGUGUCAACAAAACAGAUUUAGAGGCACUUCUGACACGACACGGCGCGGCGGAAGCUGCCGGAUAUGUCGGGAACAAAAGGAGUCGUUGGGAUUUUUCCGGGUCAUUUUAUUUCGUGGGAACAGUUAUUUCUACAAUAGGCUUCGGAAUGACGACUCCUAGAACAGUCGCUGGAAAGGUUGUGUUGAUCUUCUAUGGAUUCUUCGGUUGUGCGAGUGCUAUUUUGUUUUUCAAUCUGUUUCUCGAAAGGAUUAUUACGUUCCUCGCGUAUAUCCUUCGCUCUGUUCACGAAUGCAAGAUCAGGAGAAGGUCCGGUGGUGAUGGAUCCAGUGAUUCUCGGGACAGGAGGUCUUCCCAAACAUCAGAGGAUGACCAUCUGGACACGUGGAAGCCCUCUGUGUACUGGGUGAUGCUUAUCCUGUUAUUGGGGGCAGUUGUUGUGGCCUGCUGCGCAUCAGCUAUGUACCAGCCAGUGGAAAACUGGACCUACUUUGAUGCAAUCUAUUUCUGUUUUGUGACGUUUGCCACGAUUGGUUUCGGUGAUUUAGUCGUCAGUCAGAAAGCCGAAUAUGAUAAUGUACAUAUAUACCGAAUCGGGAAUUUUAUCUUCAUUGUGAUAGGGUGCUGUUGUAUUUACAGUUUAUUCAAUGUGACAUCCAUAGUUAUUAAGCAGUUUUUGAACUGGCUGAUUCAAAAGAUGAACUGUCGCUGCAGGCGUCGAGUGAAAAAGUCCACUGGACGUCGAAAUGCAAUAACACCAGGACACCUCCAACGACAUUCGAACGGGUCAACUAAAGUCCAUAGUGUGACUGUUGAACCAGACAGCGACUCUGAAGGACGAAGGAACUCUGACGAAAUGAUUUCCAUGCGCGAUUUUCUAAAUGCAAAUAAGAUAUCGCUAGCAAUGAUGCAAAAGCAAUUGUGGGAAACAUCCCAAAGAGGCGGCGUUUCUAAUGGCGGUGGAUUUCAGGGCCCAGUUGGUCCUUUGGCUAUUCUAGACCGAAAGUUAGGGCAAGAUGAAGUAUGAUUAUCAACAAUAUGUACUAUGACAAUUUCAUAUCUUUCUGACAAUCAUGAAAAUUUUUUGAUUUGUCAAAAAAGGCACUCUGUGAUAAAAUUGUCCGAAAGAGGAAAAAGCAAGACAGCCUAAGACAAUUGUAUCUUGAUCUUGUGUUCUUGUUCAACAACGACAGCAUUGCAACAUAAAGUUUAUCUUCCAAACAAACGAAUUUGUCGAGGGCACUCGCCACAAAUGGAUUACCACCCCAGCUGAUAGAAGAACAUUGGGUUUAUGUUUUGUCAGUUGUUUAAAUCUGCUUCAUUCUGAAGAUAAACUAUUGUUAUUUUUGUACUAUUUUAUAAAGAAGAUAAUAUUGCUGCAAAUGGAUGUGUAAUAGUGUAUACGUACAGUGCAUUGUAUUUGAAAGUGAAUACAGUUUUAAAGGUGUGCAGUUAAAAAUAUGUAUGGUGAUGAAUGAUUAACGCAUUAUACGAUCUAUUGCUACUCACAAAAUGGUGAUUGUAUUGGAUUUUUAGUACGAUUAUUUUACAUCGUUUUUCAAAGUAUCUAUUUAGAUUUAUUGAGUAAAAUAAAAAUAAAGAUGUUGAAGUAUAAUUUGUUAUAGUAAUACAUCUAGAACGUGUAAAAUUACUUUUUUUUUUUAUCGGAAGUUUUAACCGACCAGCUAACAAUCAAAGUAUUCUAGGUAAGACAAAUUAGAUCCGCGUAUUUACAUCUGACAAACACUUCAUGACUUAUUUCUGUAUUCGAGUUCAAUAUGGUGAAAGACUUUUUGUACACUUUCUUUCGCUGAAGAGAACCUUCCUCACGUCAGUUCUCGCAUGCACUAAUCGUGAUGUUUUCCUUUUACAGGAUUGGGAAAAGAUUUCUAGACUUUAUUGAAAAACAGUGUAUCCGUGUAAUAAUCAUUUCCGUUUAAGGCUUAAGUAAGCCGAAAUCGUUCUGAAAGCAAAAUAAAACUCUAUCGAUUAAGUCACGUCAAUAAACCAAUAUAUUUUGACUUUAUAAUAUAAUCGUGUAGAAUUCAAAUCACGUUUUCGUUUAAAGAGCGAUUAAUUUGUUGUUUAUAAUUGUACAAAGUGCUUCCAUGUGCUACUAAACACAUAAUUCUAUAUUACUAGUGUGUGAAUAUGUGGAGAAUAUGUGCUUGUAUAAUUAUAGAAUUAUUUUUCUUUGAUUUGUACGUUCCUGAUUAUUCAUUAAACUUCAUUAUAAUAGGAAUCUAUAUACAUAAAGCAAUGGACGCUUAAAUAAACAUAUCUGCCCCAAGUGAAGAAAUAUUUGAUAUGAAGUACAGAAAAAUUCACUUAUUUUAACACCUCUUCAGUCCUUGUACGGAGUUGAACUCAUGACCCGCGAAACCCAUGUGAUCAACGCGCUAGACCGCUCGACCACCAAGGAAGCUUUCAAUGACAAUGGAAUACUCGCCACGCUGUCACACUAAACGGUCGCUGGGAAUGAAAAUUUAAUACAGUUAGGCCCUAUUUACCGAAAAUAAA